AAAGAAAGAAAAAUGGCCGUCAAGAUCUCGACCAUAUCAACAUUGAUCGUCUUUCUUGCUCUGCUUAGCUUAGGCCAUUUUAGUCAUGGCGAACUUCGACUCGGAUUCUACAAUGAAACUUGCCCAAACGUGGAGCAGAUCGUUUUUGGAGUUGUUGAAAAGGCAUUCAGCACGAACUCAAGGCUUGCACCCCUGAUGAUCCGCCUUUAUUUUCACGAUUGUUUUAGCAACGGAUGUGAUGCGUCGCUUCUUCUAGAUGGUACUACCAGCGAGAAAAAGGCGGGGCCAAAUCUAAGUGUAGAUGGGUGUGCUCUGAUAGAUACCGUGAAAGAUGCGCUCGAAGGAAACUGUACCGGGGUGGUUUCUUGUGCUGACACCAUAGCUCUUGUUACUAGAGAUCUUGUGAAUCUUGCAAGCGGAGGAAAAGCAAGAUAUGAGAUACCAACGGGACGAUUUGAUGGUAGAGAGUCUCUGGCUUCAACAGUAGAUUUGCCUGGUCCUCAAAUGAGUGUCUCGGACACCUUUAAGAUGUUUGAAAAAAGAAAACUUAGCCUUACCGAUAUGGUUCUACUUCUUGGUGGACAUACAAUUGGAGUAACGCAUUGUUCAUUCAUUAUGGACCGGCUAUACAAUUUUAAGAAUUCACAAAAACCUGAUCCAGCUAUGGAUCCCAAUUUGGUCAAAGAAUUACGACUUAAAUGUCCUAAAAAAUCAGGACAAAAUGGAGCCAUCAAUCUGGAUCAAAAUGUUCCGAGUUCGGAUAUUGUCGAUGCAUCUUACUACAAGCAGAUAGAAUCUCGCCGAGGAAUACUUCAAAUCGAUGACCAACUCGCCACCGAUGAAAUGACGAAACAGAUAGUGAAGGAUUUAGCCGUCAGUAACGAUUUCUUGGUUAGGUUUGGUCAGGCGAUGGUGAAAUUGGGAUCAUUUGGAGUUAAAGACAAGGACACUGGUGAGAUCAGAACAUCGUGUCGUUCCUGCAAGAAUCUGUUUUGCACGGCAUAA